AUUUUGACAAUGAAUUGACAGUUAAAUGACAGAGUAAAGUUUACUUUUUUUGUUGACGGGUAUCAACUGUUCCCCAGGUGAAUAUCUAAAGGAAUAACAUAUUCGAAAUUUGAUUUUCCAUACAGAACGUCUUCCUCAAAUAUGCCACCGAAAUUAAAAUUUUCCGACGGAGAAAAAGUUUUAUGUUUUCAUGGACCUCUAAUAUAUGAAGCCAAAUGUUUGAAAUCAACCAUUACCAAAGAAAAACAAGUCAAAUAUUUUAUACAUUACGCUGGUUGGAACAAAAAUUGGGAUGAGUGGGUUCCUGAGAGUAGAGUGUUGAAAUAUAAUGAAGCAAACGUUGCUAGGCAGAAGGAAGUUCAAAAAGCUCAUUCAGCACAACAAAGUAAAACGAGGAAAGUCACCAAGAAAACCAGUGUUGCAAAAAGCGAAGUUGCAAAAGAUGGAGAUUCUAGAGCAAGUACUCCAGUGGCAGAGGUAACUAAAGGUAAGAAGAAAGAAGUACCACCCACUCCUUCCAGUGGUCAAGAGUCAAGUUCAGAUGUCCCAAAGAAGAAAAGGGGACGUUUAGAUCCGUCUGUUGAAGCGGAAGAACAAUUUCUAAGUAAAGUUGAAGUCAAAGUGAAAAUUCCUGAUGAAUUGAAACCUUGGCUAGUAGAUGAUUGGGAUGUAAUUACUAGACAAAGAAAAUUAUUCAAUCUACCAGCUAAAACUAGUGUAGAUCAAAUAUUGGAAAAUUAUUUAAGUUACAAGAAGUCUACAAAAUCCAAUAAUUCUAGUAAAGAAUCUGCUACAAUUGAAAUAGUGAAAGGUAUCAAAGAAUAUUUCAAUGUUAUGUUAGGCACACAGUUGCUGUAUAAAUUUGAAAGACCACAAUAUGCAGAAAUUCUUCAAACUUAUCCUGAUAAACCAAUGUCAGAAAUAUAUGGAGCUUUUCAUUUACUACGCUUAUUUGUAAAAUUAGGUGCCAUGCUAGCAUAUACACCAUUAGAUGAGAGAAGUGUUCAAUUGCUUAUUCAAAAUGUGCAAGAUUUCUUGAAAUAUUUGAUAAAAAACAGUGCACAAUUAUUCAGUCUUCAAGACUAUGGAAACGCUUCACCCGAGUACCACAGAAAAGCUCUGUGAUAUAAGGAGGAUCUAGAUUGGGACAGUUGCGAUUAGAUUAAAAGUUCCAAAAAGGUUUUUUUUUUCAUUGAAGUUCAUUGUAUAUUCUUUGAACAUUGAGAAUAGUAUUUACAGAAACACAUUUUAUUCUAAAUUAAAAUAUUCUUGUUACAUUUCAACAACUGAUAAAAAAAUGCUAUUUGAGGAUAGUAAAGGUUUUAAAUUAAGUUGAAUGUAUCCAACAUUAACAAGAUUUUUAUGUUAUGUUGUUUUAACUAAGUUUGAAUUCAGACUUUUUACUACUGCUACAACUACUGAACAUACUGUUUACUGCUACCAUUACAUUGUCCCUCUUAAGUUUCGAAAACAAAGUUAUCAUCUUCAGGGAAAUUGUGUGUUGGUGUUGCAGCAGUAUAAAUUUCAUCAACAGUUCUAGAAAUUCUACCUUACCACAAUAAUGCUAUGGUUUUGGUAACAUCAUAUGAUAGUUGUUAAUAAUUGCUGUCUUCAUGGUGACCAAACUAUUUCCUAGUGGUACAGUAUUUAUUCAGUACUCAUUAGAGAGGUGGCCUUGUACUGGUGGAAAAAGGAUGAUUUGGAUAUUAUUAUUAAAUUUGGAUGAUGAAGAGUCAUUGAAAGACGAAAACAAUUGUUUGGAGAAGAGUGUGAUGUUUAAUGAUACCGAGGCUAAAAAUUUAGCAAUACUUUCGUUUGAUACCCUGUAUUAGUUGAUUAUGUAAAAAUACGUUCAACAACUGUUUAUCACCGCUAUGACUACCAUCAUGCAACUGACAUUAUAGUGACACUAUAUUUUUUAGGAAACUUGAUCCAAUGGUUUAUAAAGAUAAUAAUAAUAAAGAUAAAAAACUAUUUUAGAUAUUCUGAAUCUGAAAAAAAAUUUGAAAAGCGGAGGUAAUUUACUAAAAAAAGUCCUGACUCCCGGAAUUGUAGGACCAAUAUUUAUAAUUUUUAUUGAGGACUGAAAAUACGUCUGAAAACGGGUAUUAGGGUUAGCGCAACAAAAAAUAUUAUUUAAACAGUAAAUAUUGGAAUUUUGAUUUGAAAAAAUUUAGGAACAGACAGGAUAGAUCAACAACAAAAUAAUCCACCGACAAAAAAUGUUAAUCGCGAUUUUUCAAUAAGUUAUGCAUUUACUAAUUAACAAUUUCAUGUAGAUUGUAUAUUGUGAGGUAAUUGUUAAACUACAAAUCUCAAUUUUUUUCCAUUUGUGGGGCCAUUCUUUGAAGGUUUUAGAAGAAAUUGCCAUCGAUAGAAUGAAAAAAUUGUAAAUUUUCUCAUUGUUAUUAACAAUCAUAAUUUGCAUCAGUGAUUAUAUUUUCAAAAAGAAUUUUUUAAUUAUCUUAUAAAUAGUCCAUUUGUUUAUAACAAUAUAUUAAACAAUAAAAGAUAAAAAUUAUACAAAAUCAUUUUUCGAUAGCUCUCGUUAAUAAAAAUAAUUAAAAAAAGAAUUAAUUAAUAUUAUGAACAAAAUUAUAAAUAUUGGUCCUACAGUUCCAGGAGCCGGGACUUUUUUUGAAUCUUUUUUCAGAUUCAGAAUAUUUCAAAUAGUUUUUCAGUUAUAAGAAAAAAACCAAACCCCCUUUUUCCAAUUAAUUGUUUAUAAAUUUUGUAAUUUUUGCGAGCGCAUUCUGAAUUUAUCCAAAACUCUCUACAAGCGAUUACGAAUCGAAUGACACCUCAAUCAUAUUUUUAGAAGACGGCGAAAAAGUUUUGACCCAAAAAGCACUUGUUGACUAAACUAUAUAGCAGGGCCCAAAAAUUGAUUUGAUUUUAAAGUACACAUCACAUUAUGCGGUUUAAAAAUUUAGAUUCUACUUUUACUAUAUAUAAUAUAUGUUAAUGUUUUUUGUUUAAUUAAUUAUUAAAUCAACUGAAUUUGUAUAGUAUGUUAUAGUCCUCAUUGCAUUUAUUUAUUUAUCAAGUGUUGACAUGAGAAAGUUGGCUUUUUCUAGCAAAGAGAAGCUUAUUAAAGUUUUUGUAUUUGUGAUUUUUCAUUGAGACGAACCAUGUCUAUGGUUUUACUUUUAGGUUCUGUUAAAUUUAUUAGCUGUAAAUUUAUGUGUUUCUUACUUACUUUCUUACAAAUUUAUAGAACUGAGAUAGUUAUUGUCAAAAUGUUAUAUAUAAAUAGACCAAUUUUACUAAAAA